CGGCUUCGAGUCCUUGCAAGUUCUGGCGUUCAACAGGGUGAGACUGCCUCAUCGUAGAACUUGAAGUCUGCCUGAGCUUUCAAUCAUCUAGCGCUGUUCUGGGCGCCACUUGGAAAGUUAAACCUAUUACCUACUGUAAGGGCCAGCCUGAGGCGAUUCAUUGUCAUUGGUUCCAGCUAGAUUGGCAUGAUCUUCAUCUCCUUUCACCUGAUAUAGCAUUUCGCAAGGUGAGGCGUCGCUAUCUGAGCAGACGGGAAGGAGACAGACAAUCUAGCUACAGCCAGAAAGGGAGGGUGUGAUGGCUGAUGAAGAUGAGUACGGAGACAUGGGCGGCGAGGGAGAUUAUGAAGAAGAGCCGGAGCCAGAUGAGGUUCUAGAGGAGGAAGGGGAAGAAGAAGAAGAGGGAAAGGAGAGGGCUCCUGGAGACGAGCCUGACAUCGAGAUCCGGGAAGGGGAACCGGACGAGGCGGCCGCCGACCGGCCACGGAAAACAACGCGCUUCAUGACGAAGUAUGAGCGGGCACGAGUGCUCGGGACGAGGGCGCUGCAAAUCAGCAUGAACGCGCCCAUCAUGGUGGACUUGGACGCAAACGAGAGCGAUCCUUUGGAGAUUGCGAUGAAGGAGCUACGAGAGCGGAAGAUCCCCUUCACCAUCCGGCGCUACCUUCCUGACGGCAGCUAUGAGGACUGGGGCGUGGAUGAGUUGAUCAAUCCGGACAUGGGGCGGCGGAUACAUAAUGCCUAGUGUUUUCUGUCGUGGAAACUCUCUGGGGGUCGUUACGGCCGUCUUUGUUCCUUACGAAGUCCAAACAAACGGGAAAAAGAGUAGAGCGAGUCUGGCAUUGUAGAAUUGCAGGUGCGAAUAGCUUCUUGGCAUUGACCAUGACCGAGUUACAGCAACGAAUGCUCAUGCAUCGGAGCCUUUGCGUGUACAAACUUGAUUGAUUUCUUACGGCAGCGGGGAGACAGCAAGUAACUGGCUUCAUUUCCAGUGGAUCUCUUUGGAUGGUGCUCAGCUUGGACGAUUUUGACCCGCUCGGCAGCUUGUGAACGAGCCGAGUCUUCCGGAGCGGAUUGAAGUGAUGAGUAACAAGAUAUGCCGUCGAAGUUGCGGAACCAACUAUGGC